ACAUUGAUAGAAAGCCCUGUUUUAUUAGUUUUUGUUACUGUUUGAAGUGAAAGAGGAACUGCUUAUGAAAGUGACAUGCAUGAGAUUCCACAGAGCUCCUCCUCUUUUAAAUCUUAACUUUCCAGUUGCAUAAAGUCCCUGCUGGACCCUGAUCUGCUCAGACCCCCGGACACAAACAUGGAGAACCAGGCCGGCACAGAAAACAAGAAGAAAGUAGUGGCCGUGGUAGGAGGGGGCUUGGUGGGAGCGCUGAACGCCUGCUUCUUCGCCAAACGAGGGUUUGAAGUGGAAGUCUUUGAAACUCGAGAAGACAUCCGGACGGCCAGAACUGUGAAGGGCCGGAGCAUCAACCUGGCGUUGUCCCACCGAGGUCGGCAGGCCCUGAAGAAUGUUGGAAUGGAGGAGAAGAUCGUCUCUAAGGGAAUCCCGAUGCACGCGAGGAUGAUCCACUCGCUGAGUGGGAAACAGUCCCCGAUCCCCUACGGAAAGAAAGGCCAGUUCAUCCUGUCUGUGGACCGAGCCAACCUGAACAAAGAGCUUCUAACAGAGGCGGAGACGUACACAAACACAAAGCUGAACUUCGACCACAAACUGCAGGACUGGAGCUCUGAAUCUGGACUCAUGACCUUUACCAGGUCGGAUGGAUCCAGGAAGCAGGUUCAGGCCGAUCUGAUCGUCGGCUGCGAUGGAGCUUUCUCCGCCAUCCGCAAGCAGUUCCUGCGUCGCAGCCGCUUCAACUACAGCCAGACGUACAUCCCUCACGGAUACAUGGAGCUCACGAUGCCGCCCGUCAACGGAGAGUUCGCCAUGAAGCCCAAUUACCUGCACAUCUGGCCACGGAACACAUUCAUGAUGAUUGCUCUGCCCAACCUGGACAAGACUUUUACCUGCACCCUCUUCAUGCCCUUUGAGGAGUUUGAGAAGAUCACGACGGGAGAGGAAGUGCUGGAGUUCUUCCAGAAGUGUUUCCCUGACGCCAUCCCUCUCAUCGGAGCCGAGGCUCUCCGGAGGGAUUAUUUCCGGCUGCCGGCACAGGCCAUGGUGUCUGUUAAAUGCUCCCCGUACCACAUCGGAGACAAAUGCGUCCUCAUGGGAGACGCGGCCCACGCCGUGGUGCCGUUCUACGGCCAGGGCAUGAACGCCGGCUUUGAGGACUGUAUUGUGUUUGACGAGAUAAUGGAUCAGUUCAAUGAGGAUUUCAGCGCGGUUCUGCCCGAGUACACCCGGGUCCGGGUUCCAGACGACCACGCCAUCGCAGAUCUGGCCAUGUACAACUAUGUUGAAAUGCGAGCACAUGUCAACUCUAGAUGGUUCCUUUUCAGAAAGUACGUGGAUAACCUCCUCCACGUCCUCAUGCCCAAGACAAUCGUUCCGCUCUACACAAUGGUCACUUUCACCAGGACCAGAUACCAUGAAACGGUGGAACGCUGGCAAUGGCAAAACAAGGUGAUCAACCGCGGCCUGCUGUUUGGAGCUGCAGGGGCCGUGGCGGGAGGAUCCUACCUGCUCAUCAAGAAUCCUCCAGAUAUCAACCAGCUCGUCCUCCGGGGCGAGCAGAUCUGGAGCAGGAUCGUAGCUCUGAAGAAAUCCUGAACUCUGGCGGCGACUGUGGCAUCAAAACAUGUCAACGGACUGAGCGCGGUCCAGAAUUAUCUCGGAUUUUGAUUCAAUCAGUCUACCAUACUAUGAGGACAGUGAAAUGCAAAUGUAUUAUCGCCAAUACUGACCUGAAAAUGAUUGCAAGAAGAAGUGACUCAUGAUUUUUCAAACAUUUCAUCAGUAAUGAAACACUAAUGGAAAGACCGCAGGACCCCAGCGGGGGGAAGUUUCAGCCUUUUGAUGUAAUUUCUGUGUGAAAGUGUGAAAACCAAGCUCAGUAUUAAGUUGUCUUUAAUAUAAAUGUGUGUUUACAAAGCUGCUCUUAAACAUGCAAAUAAAUACUAUGGUUACUGUGA